UAUUGUAUAAGAUAACCCAUUUCUGAUUCACGUCAAUCUCGUGUUCCGAUUUCACAAAACCCUAACCAGAUGGAACGAUCCAGCCGGAAACACAGGGAUUCCGAUCGAACCAGCAAACACGCCGACGAUCACCACCGCUCCAAACACCGCGAAACCGACGGCGACGACCGUCGUCGCCGAUCCGAACGCGAACGAUCUGAAGAAAUCGAAAACCGCGUGAAGCGCGAGAAAUCAUACGAUCGAGAAACCAGCAAGGAGAGAGAAUCGCGAGAGAAAUCAGUGGAUAACAGGCGGCAUCACAAGCGGAAAGACCGUGGAGAUAGUGAGGAUGAAGAUCGGUAUUAUGAUGUUCGAGAUAAGCGAGUUAGGGUUUCGGAUGAGCGGAAGGAGAGGCGGAGGUUUGAGGUGAAAGUUGCUGCUGCUGAGGAUGAGAGAGAUAGGGAGGAGAGGAAGGAGAGGAGGAGGUUUGAGGAUAGUGUGAAGAAGGAGGAGGUGGAGGUUGGUGACUUGAGGAAGCGGAGUGUCAAGGUGGAGGAUGAAGAUGAGUCGGUUGGUGUUUCCGGUGCUAAUGGUGGUGCACCGAGAUUGCGCAAUAAGGCACUUGGAACCCCACAUGAGACCCCUUCGGUGCCUGAACACCAUAUACCUAAGGUAUCUUUGAUUUCUACCAAAACUGAAAAUGAAGGAGUUAAUAGUAACAGAUCUCAUGAGGUUCCUGGGAAAUCCAGUACAGAUGGAAAUUCUUUAGAUGCUGGCAAGAGUGGUGGCAUUUCUCUCGAUGCCUUAUCUAAGGCUAAAGCAACUUUACUCAAGCGAAAGGAACUUGCCGAAAAGAUGAAGAAAAUCCCGUUGUUGAACAAAAGCGUUGACUCAAAAGACAGUAUGAAAGUUCCUGCAACUUCCCAACCUUUAAGCACAAGUGCACAUACUUUGCUUUCUGGUUCCACUGCUUCUACGCAGCCACUUGUUAGUGGGGUGCCUCAACUUGCAGGGCUUAGUGCACCCAAGUUUGAAGCUGUAAAACGCGCACAAGAGCUUGCUGCCAAGAUGGGAUUUAGACAGGAUCCGGAGUUUGCUCCACUUCUAAACAUGUUUCCUGGACAGAUGCCGCCCGAGGUGGUACUUCAACCGAAGCCCGCUAAGGCUCCCGUUCUUCGUUUGGAUGCAUUGGGAAGGGAAGUAGAUGAGCACGGGAAUGUGGUGAAUAUACCAAAAGCAAACAACUUGAGCACUCUUAAGGUUAACAUCAACAAGCAGAAAAAAGAUGCAUUCCAGAUUCUAAAACCCGAAUUAGAAGUUGACCCAGAAAAAAACCCUCACUUCGAUCCUCGAAUGGGCAUAGACAAAACUAAGCUGUUAAGGCCUAAAAAGAUGACAUUUCAGUUUGUGGAGGAAGGUAAAUGGGCUAAGGAAGCAGAGAUCAUUAAGUUAAAGAGUCAAUUUGGAGAAGCACAAGCAAGAGAGUUCAAAGCAAAGCAAGCACAGCUUGCUAAGGCCAAGGCUGAACCGGAUAUUAAUCCCAAUCUUAUAGAGGUUGCGCAGAGAGUUAGCACUAAAGAAAAGCCAAAGGACCCGAUUCCCGAUGUUGAGUGGUGGGACGUACCACUUUUGAAUUCUGGUACUUAUGGGAACAUUACAGAAGGUGGGUUACCAGAAGACAUACUAAAGAAAGAAAAGAUCACCUUAUAUGUGGAACACCCUCGUCCUAUCGAACCACCAGCCGAACCCGCUCCACCCCCACCUCAACCGUUAAAACUCACUCAAAAAGAACGCAAAAAGCUGCGCACUCAGAGGCGUCUUGCUACUGAGAAAAACCGUCAAGAAAUGAUCAGACAAGGCCUUCUAGAACCCCCUAAACCGAAAGUCAAAAUGAGCAAUUUAAUGAGAGUUCUUGGCGCAGAAGCAACCCAAGACCCGACCCGGCUGGAAAUGGAGAUAAGAAGUGCUGCAGCCGAACGUGAGCAAGCGCAUGUUGACAGAAACAUUGCACGGAAGCUGACUCCAGCCGAGAGGCGUGAAAAGAAAGAGAGGAAACUUUUCGAUGACAAUAAUACCCUUGAGACGAUCGUUUCUGUGUACAAAGUUAACGACCUUUCUCACCCUCAGACACGGUUUAAAGUUGAUGUUAACGCCCAAGAGAACCGGCUGUCUGGCUGUGCGGUUAUCUCAGAGGGUAUUUGUGUUGUGGUGGUGGAAGGCGGUAGUAAAUCCAUAAAACGCUAUCAGAAACUGAUGCUGAAACGUAUAAACUGGGCUGAUGCUGUGAAAGAAGAGGAUGAAGAUGAUAAUGAUGAGAAACCGAAGAACAAAUGCGUGUUGGUGUGGCAAGGGAGUGUUGCAAAACCAAGUUUUCAUAGGUUUCUGGUGCAUGAGUGCAUAACUGAAAAUGCUGCUCGCAAGGUGUUCUCUGAUGCUGGAGUAGGUCAUUAUUGGGAUUUAUCCGUUAACUUCACAGACGAGGCGUGAUUUCGCUCCCGAGCUUCUUGUUUAAGGUCCAAAACUUGAUGUCUUGUUGAAUAAUGCAUCCGCGUUCAUGUUGAGAUUAUAGCGACUCCUUGAAUCAAAUGUGUUAAGUGUAUGCAUGCUUACACAGUGAAAUGAAUUUCAUUUGAUGAUUACAAAAAUAAUUAA